AAAGCGUUGGAACACUUAGCAUCUAUUGAUCUGCUUGACUUGUGCAAUGAAGCAAAAGUUGAGCAUUGUCGUGCAACAAGAGACUUGAGAAGAUGUGGACGUUAUGUACAGAAUGUGUUGAACUCUUGUGGCCAUGCAUCCUUGUGUGAAGAAUGUAGUCAGCGGUGUGAUAUUUGCCCGAUUUGUAGAAUUCCUUUACUGAAAAAUGGGAAUAGACUUCGGCUUCGACUUUACAAUGAGUGCAUAGAGGCUGGUCUUCUCUCCAAAAGAUGUGAUGACAGAUUUCAAGAGAAAGACGAUGGCGAGAAACAACUAACUGCUGAUGUCCAGCGGCUUUAUUAUCUGUUUGAUGUUGCCAUGGAGAACAACUUAGUUUCUCUGAUUUGCCACUGUAUCCCUUCAGUCUUAUUAUUUCUUUCAAUCAAAAAGUGGGGCAGAUUGUUUUUUUUUUUCCUUUCAGAAUUUUCCAUUUGGGAAAUCCUUUAUUCGAUAGUAAAUCCUUUCUUUUUCAUUUGGUCAAACUACAACAACCGACAAUGUUUUAUCUAUGUGGUCAGUUAACAACCAGUAGAGGGAAAACUUUAAUUUUUAUGUUCUUUUUUCUUCUGAUUUUUUGGAAAACCAGCUUGAAAAUGAGAUAGUAUAAAAUUUUUUAUCGUUUGUUAUAGAAAGUUAAACAUCAAUGUGAUUGACAUAGUAAUUUCUUGAUACUAGAGGUUCUGUUUUCCUCAGCAGAAGGUAACAGAUGUCACAGAUGUUUGCAUGGAUGAAAGUGCUGUGUCAAGUGAUCCCGUUGUUGCUUUCUUGCUGGAUGAAGUUGUUGUCAAAGAUUGGUGCAAGCUAACAUUCAAGAAAAUUAUCACAGAGCUUCAAAGGAUUUAUAAUCUAACAGUAUAUGAGAUGAAAGAAUGGUCGACUACACUCAUAAAGUUUUCAGUAAAGCUGGCUGGCAUAUCUAACGUUCUUGAAGUUUUGGAAUUAUCAUUUAAGGGUUCACUUUCAGCACAGCUUCAUGAUCUACACCACCUUCAUGAGAGCAUUUUGAAGACAAAGCAGCACAUGGAGAUGAUAACUUGGUGUAUAAGACAUCAAUUUCUUGAACAUAUCAAACCUCGGUACACUAAUUUGACAUCUUGGCGUUCACUUGUACGUGAAAGGAAAUCUGCGGCAAUUAUGCGUUCAUGGCCUAAGUUGACAAAUAUCCCUGCAGAGUCUGUUGGACAAGAUGCCUCCAUGCUCUUCAUUGAAGAAGCAUUGUCAAAUCUGGAUAUAGAAGAUGGAUAUGCUCCUGAAAUAGGAGACGAGUUAGAAAUUACGUCUUUGCAGAAGAUUGGGGGUUCAUCACUUUUCCAGUCGAAGAUAGAGGGGAUGGCAGGGUGCUAUCCCUUCGAAAAUCUGCAAGCUGCUACCGACUUACUCUUUCUACAUGGAAAUUCUGAUCGGGUGGUUGCAAAACAAGCAAUCUUCUUGUAUUACUUAUUUGAUCGACAUUGGACAUUGCCUGAUGGGCAAUGGAGAAAUGUUGUAGAUGAUUUUGCGGCUACCUUUGGUAUUACCCGGCUUUCCUUACUGGAAUCUUUUACCUUUUACCUUCUGGAUGAUCACACUGAUGAAGCUUUGCAGGAAGCCUGCCGCCUUAUUCCAGAAAUUUCAGGUCAAACAACUCAUCCCAAGGUUGCAGAAGUUCUUUUGGAAAGGCGUAAUCCUGAUGCAGCCCUUAUGGUUCUACGGUGGUCAGGCCGUGACGGUGGAGCAGAGUUGGUUUCACUUGGUGAGGCUGUCACUGCUGUUCGGGUGAGAGUGGAGUGUGGACUUCUGACUGAAGCAUUUAUGUACCAGAGAAUGAUCUGCGUAAAAGCCAAGGAACAGAAGUUGAGGCAUGAAUCUGGUUGGAAUGCUUCAGAUGAGUGCCGGUCUUGGACAAACUGGGUGGAGGUAUUAGUUGCAGAAAUUUGUUGUCUCUGUAUCCGGAGGAACUUGGUAGAUCGAAUGAUAGAAUUUCCGUGGAACUCCAAUGAGGAGAAACCUCUCCGUAAGUGCCUAUUAGAUUUUGCUGUGGAAUACCCUUCGACAAGUAUUGGAAGUCUUCUUGUGGUAUUCUAUCUACAGCGCUGCCGUUACAUAGAGGCAUACCAAGUUGAUAGUAAACUUCAGAGUGUAGAGCAAGACUUUGUUUCAAGGAAUUCAGUCAGUGAAGAAGUCUUGUUUAGAAUGAGAUCGGCAAGUCAUUGGAGAGCCGAAUUGGUUGAUAAAAGCAUAGAGUUGCUACCAGAAAUCCAGCAGCAACAACUAAAGGCUGGAAAGUUGCUUGAAGUUGGCUUUUCUCCUGGUGAUGCAGUUGAUGUUCCAGUGAAAUCAGAUCUUCCAAUAGUGCAAGGACCAAUUUUGCCUAGUUUAUUGGUCCCUUCGUCCUUUGAGUCAUCCUUUGUUAAUCAUGUGGACAAUGAUGUUCCUAUAUUUGAACCAUCAGUUCUUGAAAUUCCAUCAAAAUUAGGUGGAUCUGUCAAUGGGGAAGUGGGGAAUUAUGGCUCUCCAUCCCUUCCUCAUGCAAAUGCCUUGAACAAUACAGAAAAAGGACUGAAGACUCAAAGCAGCUUUAGAGAAAACAUCAACUUUGAUAGCAUCUCAACUUCUGUAAUUCGUCGGGUUAGUCCUACCACUGUCAUAACACUGAAAGAAUUCAACAGAAAUUCAUCAAGAGUGCCUCAGAACAGCAAUCUCGAAGAUGAUCAACUUAAAAAAGUCCCUUCAGUAAAAAAACAUAAUGGGUUCAUUCAACAGUUUCAAAGUACUUGUCCAUAUCCCCUCACGAUUGCAGCUAAUAGCAUAUCAUCACUCAGUAGCAACCGGGAUAUGUUAAAAGAUUUUGCUCGAGACUCGUAUGGGAAUAUGUCUGGAAAACGUGCCUCAUCCGAUAGAGCCGAUAUACCUUGGAAUGUUGCUCCUUUGAAUGGUUUAAUGGACAGCUCUUGGAGCCAUGAAAAGAAUGGUUUACCCGUUGAGGCCAUAGAUACAGAUGGUGGACCCAGAUGGAGGUCUGAUGACACCAGUGAAGAUGAAGGGCAGCAGGCGCCUUAUAAAACGCCCAAGACAGGAAUCAGACGUAGCAGGUUUGCUAGAAGAUGAAGAACCUCUCUCUCUUGGAAAGUGGGAGACUGUAAAUAGCUAGUAUGUAACUGAACCAAAAGUUCUGUGAGAGGGUUGCUCUGCUUGAAGUUUUCAGUUUCCAUGGGAGGGCAGCAUCCAUUUACACCUUGCAGUGAUUUAAAGUUAGUGUUUGAAGCUGAGCAAUAAUGAACGCCAUUUCUUUUCGCUUUUUCUACUUCUUCUUUUCAUACGUUUUGUAAUGGGAAAUCGUUCUAACUGCAUUUUUUUGGGGGCGUUUGCAACGUAAACCUCAUAUGCACGCAGUCACCUACUAACAAUUUGCAUCGAUUAAACAUUUAUAAGUUGAUCAACCCUUUUGGGUUUUUGUUGUCAUAGUUAUUACACAUGGAUUCUAGUUAUUUAGAAUAGAGAUCCAGAUUGGCCCAUUUUUGUAUUUUAAUUUAAGGCAAUUCAAACCCCGAUGUUUUGGUAACGUCAUUUAUCUCUUAACUGAGUGGUUUUGCAUGUUAUUUGAAUUGUAGUUUAGC